GUCGACAACCCCCGUUUAACUAACCCAACAGCAAAAAAGACAACCCCGUACAAGCCGUCAAGAUGGUUGCCGCCGCCAAGCACACCGCGAUCGUGAAGAAGCGCACGAAGAGCUUCAUGCGCCACCAGAGCGACAGGUUCAAGCGCGUUGACCCUAGCUGGAGGAAGCCCAAGGGAAUCGACAACCGUGUUCGCCGUCGGUUCCGUGGCAACCUUGCCAUGCCCUCGAUUGGCUAUGGCUCCAACAAGAGAACCCGCCACAUGAUGCCUUCCGGCCACAAGGCUUUCCUCGUCCAGAACGUCAACGACGUCGAGCUCCUCCUCAUGCACAACCAGGUCUUCGCCGCUGAGAUCGCACACAACGUCUCAUCGAGGAAGCGCAUUGAGAUCAUCGCACGGGCGAAGCAGCUGGGUGUCAAGGUUACCAACCCCAAGGCCAAGGUUACCACCGAGGUAUAAUCGACUCGAUCUGUGUGGUGUACGGCGUGUUUCGUUCCUUUUUUUUUUCUGGUUGCGACAAAGAUUUACUUUGCUCUUGGUCUGCGGGGGAAAAAAAAUAUCACUGGCAUUUUCUGCACGGAAGCUUCUGGGGUCCCUAGGGUCAUGAAUUGCAUCUUCUUUUUUACGGUUGCGUCUUGUCCCAUUCAGCAGCCCAAGAGACACCCGACCGUGAUGUUGGUAAUGCGGAAAUAACGAACAUUUUGACGACCAAAACAAGCCAGGCAGGGGCUUGUGAUGCUAACGACGACGCCCGGGGGGUUAGGCCCCAGGUUUCUUUUUCAACUGUUUGAACUCACUUGGGGCCGGCAGUCGGCGUUUUGGGGAUGGAUUAGACCUGGAAUUAGAAAAGCACGAUGGACGCCUACCAAUACAACCGAAGUCUAAAUCUAAAUACAGAUGAACGCAGGCUUCUUCAUAUUGAUUGAAAUUGAAUGGCAUCAACCGUUUCUUUUUUUCUCUUUUUUUCCAUGUCGGACAUCUACUGAGUAGCACAUUGGGGUCCAGCCUCUUCUUCAUCCUCCCACUCUGAUCCACCCGUUUCUCCAGCCGAAGCACCCAUCUGUUCAAUGUCCGCGUCCCUCUCAUACUCCACAUCAUCCACCUCGUCCGCCGUGAUGGGCGCCGCUGGUGGUGGGAGAAGCUUCUGCAGAGCCUCGUAGUCACUGUCGUCCUUCAGCCAGCCGUCUUCUGGAAAUUCAAUCUUGACGAUGAGGUAAAGAUCACCCUUGGCAUCGCCACGCUUGUGCGGCAUACCCUCGCCCGGGACCUUGAGGAUCUCGGUCGGGCGGAGGACCUUGCCCCGGGGCAGCUCGAGGUGCAGACCGCGGCCGUCGAGGUGCUUGAGCACGACGCGCGAGAAGCCCAUGAGGGCCUCGCCUAGGGUGACGUUGAGCUCGGCCGACAGGUCGUGCCCUAUGCGGGUGAAGGUGUCGUGGGGCUUCUCCACCAGCACGAUGAUGAUGUCUCCCGGCGUCUGGCCCGGCAGUUGGUCGCCCUCGCCCUCGAGCACGACUUUUUCUCCGUGGAAGGCUCCCCUGGGGAUGUAGAUCUCGAGCGCCUUGGUGACGGGCAAGGUGGCCCUGCCCUUGCACUUCUUGCAGCGCUCCUUCUCCUUGACGUACUUGCCGGUGCCGUGGCAGUGGUCGCACUCGACGACGUCCUGCGACAUGAGGCCCGGCGCGACCUGCUUCAGGACCUUGCGGAACCCGCUGGCCUGGCACUUGUCGCAGUCCUGCGGCUUGUACUUCUCCCUGGCGCCGGACCCCUUGCACACGGCGCAGAGCUCGCGCUUGCUGCUGGCGAACUUGACCGUCUUGCCCCUGUAUAGCUCCUCGAGCGUCACCUCGUGCGGUAUCUCCUGGUCGGCGCCCCGCUGCGGCCGCCUGGGUCCGGGCCUUCCGCCCAU